CAGUAGCAGCAUUUGUGUGGAAUUCAUGAUGCAAAAAAAACCAUUGAAAGCAAGUAAUUUGCUGGAUAAAUUACACCGUGGUGCAGUCUACGCAUGUAUCGGCGUUACGAUUUAUGGCACAUAUAUGCUUGGCAUGCGGUAUUACCACUACUACACUGUGAUACGUCCGGAAAAACAACAGGCCGAGGUAAAACUGCUCGACGAGGGUGCACAUGACAAGGCCAAGGAGCUAAAAUAUUAAAGGAAUUUUCUUGUUUUUCAAAAUAUUUGUGAUUCAAUAUAACCUAUAUAAAUGUUCAAUAUUUGAACUGGUCUGGAA